AUGCUGACACGCUGGUUUUUUAAGCGUAAGAAGUUGAUUUCAAAGCACACCCACCGUUUGACCAUAAAUGUGGAGGAAAAGAUUGAUAGGAGAAUUGGAAAGGGGGAAACUUUCAGAGUUUACCCUGUAACCGAUAGCCAGCUGCUUGUUAAAGGCGAUACAAUUGACUGCUUUGUUGAUUUGGACAAACGGACUUGUUCUUGUGGGAAGUACGACCUCUUGAAAAUCCCUUGUAGAGACGCAAUAAAAGCUGGUUUCUUUGUUGGUAGAGAACCAUAUACAUUGACUGAUUUUUUGUAUACCACGGGAGCUUGGAGAGAAGCUUAUCAAGAAAGCAUAAAUCCCAUUUCAGUUCCUGAAGAUGGUUGGUCUGUUCCACAAGUAGUGGAAAAUUCUGAAGUGCUACCGCCUGAGACAAGAAGAUCUCUUGGAAGAAAUAGAAAACGCAGAUAUGAAACUGUUGAAGACAAAAUCCGAUCAUCACAAGGAUCACAGGGGGAUCAGCUUCGUAAGUGCAGUAGAUGUGGUCUUGGUGGUCAUAAUAGAGCAACUUGCAAGAUGCCAAUAUAG